ACUACACGGCGGCCCUGGGGAGUCCAGCCGCCGGGGCGGUGACUCUUACAUACAGUACAGUGCUGCCUUUUUGGAGAUGUCCUCGAGUUUUCCGUCCUGGACGGCAAUGCAGCCGGUUUGAAUGCUCGCAAUGCUGGAGGAGCUCGGCAGGCCAGGCAGCAGCGGUGGAAAAGAGUAAACAGUCCAUGGUUUGGAUCCGAGACCCGUCCUCAGGACCGAGGAUGAGGGGAAAUAAUAACUUGGAGCAAGAAGCUAGAAAGAAUGCCUUCAAAACGAAAAGCAACUGGUCGCAAAAAUAAUUCACUGGACUUAAAGAAACAUGAAAAACUUCAGGCUUUUCUAAAGGAUUUUGACAUUGAAGUUGAACGGCGGAAAAGAGAGAUGGAGAAAGCUUUGAACAAUAUGCUUAUUACAGUAGAAGCACAUUACAGUCGAGCAAUUAUGAAACUUCCAAUGGCUGUGAGACAAAUGAAUUAUUUGGAGUACCUUGCUAUGGGUGGAAGUGCAGAGGCGGUGGCUGCAGCUGAACAAAAACGUAUUAAUGCUGCCUGUUUAGAAGUUGAAGCCAUUGAAUCCGAGAUCCUGAAAGAUGCUGCACAACUGAAGACUACAAGAAAACGUAAACAAAAAGCAAAGCUUGCCAAUGACUCAGUUGUAAACGAGAGUGAAAAUGUUUCUCCAGCAGCCAAAAUGCUACGGAAAGCUAAGCAUGGCGUUACCUUCUCAGCUAAAAAUAGACCUCCGUGUACCACAAAUGGUCGGACUAGAAGGACAAGUCGAAACAAAGGACUCAGCUCUACAAAUACUUCUGACAUUUGGGGACCCACGCCGCUGAUAACACCCAAGUUUAAUCCACGACUUCCAAAGACAGCAACUCGUGCGCGGAAAAUAGGGGAGCGUGUAUUUAGUUUCACAGGAAGCCCACUUGCUGAUCCCACAGAAAUGAUAAUCAGUGUUCCAACUGGGGAUGGACAGAGCAAACAAUUUAUAGCCAGCAAAAUUACCAGCACAGAUUUAAGUCAACUGGAUGACCACACACUUAAAUCUUUUGAACAACUAUCACAUAAACUCAAUGAAGUGAUGAAGAUGAGAAAGUGAAAACAAAGUUGACAAAAUAUAAUUCAUGUGACUUGUUUGAAAUUUGACAUAUGAUUUGUAGUAAAUAAACAUUUAUUAAUAAACAUUAUGGAUUUUGC